UGCGAGGACUGCAUCACACGGGCCCUCCAGGUGAAGAUGGCCUGCCCCAUGUGCGGGCGCUUCUAUGGCCAAGUGGUGGGCAACCAGCCCCCCAACGGGCGCAUGCUGGUCACCAGGGACGCCAGCCUGCUGCUGCCCGGCUACGAGAAGUUUGGCACCAUCAUCAUCCAGUACGUCUUCCCGCCUGGCAUCCAAGGGGUGGAGCACCCCAACCCGGGGGUGCGGUACCCGGGCACCACGCGGGUCGCGUACCUGCCCGACUGCCCCGAGGGCAACAAGGUGCUGGGGCUGUUCCGCAAGGCCUUCGAC